UAGAAGUUUGGAUCUACGCUGCCUCGUUGUUUUCCAGUGUUCGUGGCCGACACAAGAAAUAGUCCCAGAAACCAGUGAAACCAACCGAGUGAGUGAAGGAUGGAGAGAAAGCAGGACAGCAGCAGUGAAGGGACGCUGCAGGCAGCUGCUUUGUUAAAGACUACCAUGUUAAAACAGAGCAUUAAGAGCGGCCUGAACCUCUAUGACCACCUGACCCGGGUACUAAUAAAGGUGAUGGAUGAGCAGCCACAGGAUGUUGUGGAUGUGAUCGAGGAUAUAAGUCGUGAAGUGAAGCGGGCUUUGUUUGAAGACAAGCAAAGCAUCCUACAAGACCUUCCACAGACUACAGCUGCUGAGCUACUGGCUGAACAGCAACGUCCACUGUUUUCUCGACCAGAGGACAAUGACCAGGAGGAUGAGCUGCAACAGGAAACACCUCUUCCUAAUGUGAGUGAGAUCGCUUUCUACCUGGAGCAGGCUGGAGUGGGUCAGGGCAGAGAGGAGAUACAGAGGAUUUUUCUCGCACUCAAGCAGCUUAUUGAGUCGCAGGAGCUCCUGCGCUGUAGACUGUGGGGGAAGAUUCUGGGAACAGUGAGCAGCUAUAUUGUUGCUGAAGCUGAGUGCAGGGAGGGGGAGGAGGAGGAAGAGCCGAUCACUGAUGAAGCAGCUGAGGAAGAAGAGAGAGAGACCGAAACUCAGGAGAGUAUAGAGAAUGAGAUGGAUCCUCUUCCUCAGUCGACGUAUAAACCCCCACCAGUGGUUCCAAAAGAGCCCAUAGGAACAGGCACUAACAAGUGUGUUUACUAUGUAUGUAAAGAGCCUGGUCUUCCUUGGGUAAAGCUGCCUUCAGUCAGUCCUGCGCAGAUCGCUGUUGCUCGCCAGAUCCGUAAAUUCUUCACCGGGAAGCUGGAAUCACCAGUUAACAGUUACCCGCCUUUUCCUGGGAAUGAAGCCAACUACCUGAGAGCACAGAUUGCUAGGAUCUCUGCUGGCACACAGGUCAGCCCCCAGGGCUUUUUCCAGACUGGGGAGGAAGAAGGUGAUGAGGAAGAUGAGGCACCACGAGACAGCUAUGAAUUGAAUUCUGAUUUUGAGGGCAUUCCAGUUAAUGAGAUGGCUGAGUCUUUGUCCACCUGGGUGCAUCAUGGUCAUCACAUCUUGCCGCAGGGUCGUUGCACUUGGAUUAACAUGGCUGUGAACUCAGAGGACUCAAAUGAGGAAGGAGAGGCUGAGGAGAAAGAGGAGCCUGAUGAGCCUGAACCACAAGUUGGGCCCCCUCUGCUCACUCCCCUUUCCCAGGAUGAAGAAAUGUUCAACACCCCUCCCUGGACCUCCAAGAUGUCCUCCACUCUCACCCCUCAGCAUGCAGUAGCUGUGCUGCGUUCUAACCUCUGGCCGGGAGCAUUUGCAUUUGCCUGUGGAAAAAAGUUUGAGAACAUAUAUGUUGGAUGGGGUCUGAAGUAUGCAGGGGAAGGGUACAGCCCACCUUUACCACCACAGCCACAAAGAGAAUAUCCCAGCGAUUCAGAAAUCACAGAGGCACUGGACCCGUCACUGGAGGAGGAACAGGCGCUGAAAGAUGUUUUGGAAGAGCAUCAAGAUGCUCUUGAGGAGUUGGAAGACACUGAUGAAGAGGAUGAAGAUGAUGGCUGAAAAAACAGUUACACAUUUUUUCCAGUUUGACCUUUCAGGUGAGCAGGAGAGGAGAGGAGGAAACAGAAACUCCAGCUCGGUACAAACCAACUGCAGCGUCUGCGCUGAUCACUGAGCGGCUGUGACCAGAGAUAAACUCUGUAUGGUCACUGUUUCCACUCUUCUUCAACAAAGUCGUUGACCGGCUGCUUUACGUUAACGCUUCUCAUCUCACUGUGUGUGUCGCUCUGUGCGAGUGACUGAGAAGGUUUGACAGUUGUAUGUUUGUAUUUUUCUAAAUGUUAGUGUUGGUUCGGAUGCAUGGCUAUAUGCUGCACCCUAGUAUGAUCAGGCCUGAUGUCAGUUCAUUCUGCUGUAAAUAAGGAAGAAAAGACUCCCAUAUCCUGAUAAUAAAUGAGUUGGCCCCUCAUUACCAUUUUAGAGAUAGCUAUAUCAUUUUACAAAAUAUACUAAUGUGCUUUGUAAGCCUUUGUGCAAAUAAAGAAUGCAACCCCCCUC